UGCCUUUGUGACAUAUGUAAAUUAAUUUGAUCAUUGUGUGUUAAUGUUACAGAAAUGGAUGGAUAUGUCAAAGAAAAACAGAUUGGGGAAGGUUCAUUUGGAACUGCUUACUUGGUCCGAUCAAAAAGGACUGGAGUUCAUUAUGUAAUAAAAAGGACCAACUUGUCAAGAAUGACAGAGAAGGAGAAAGAUGAAGCAAUGCGUGAAGUUGAGGUUCUCGCCAAGAUGCAGCAUCCAUAUAUUGUAGCAUAUAAAGAAUCAUUUGAAUAUGAUAGGAAUCUCUAUAUUGUAAUGGAUUACUGUGAAGGUGGAGAUUUGUAUACCAAGAUUCGGGAACAUGCUCAGAAGGGAAGAUACUUUUCAGAAGAUAUGAUUCUCAGUUGGUUUGUUCAAAUAUGCCUUGCCCUAAAGCAUGUUCAUGAUCGUAAGAUUCUUCACCGGGACAUAAAAUCCCAAAAUAUUUUCCUCACUAAAGAUAAUAAUGUCAAAUUGGGUGACUUUGGGAUUGCAAAAAUUCUGAAGAACACAGUAGAUCUUGCAAAAACAUGCAUUGGUACGCCAUAUUAUCUUUCACCGGAGAUUUGUGAGAACAAGCCAUAUAAUAACAAAAGUGAUAUAUGGGCAUUAGGAUGCAUACUUUAUGAGAUGGCUGCACUAAAACAUGCCUUUGUGGCAGGAAAUAUGAAGAACCUUAUUGUAAAAAUUAUUCGAGGCUCAUAUGCUCAGCUUCCAUCAUGCUACAGCAAUGAUUUGCGUAAUCUGAUUCAACAACUCUUUAGAAGAAACCCGCAAGAGCGGCCAUCCAUUAAUACUAUUCUGAAGAAAACAUUUAUUUCAAAGAAAAUUCCGAAGUUUCUAACAAAAACACAGCAAGCUCAAGAAUUUGGUAUAACCAGUCCAUAUUUUCAUCAACUUGGAGAGUCAAAAUCUCAGAUGCCUGCCAAAAGGCCAAAAACAGCCGUAACUGAUCCUGCUUUGAAAUAUGGAUCAUCAUUGGUUAUCAGGAAAACAAGAAUAUGUAAAUAUGAUGACAAGAAGACAGUAGUAGCUUCACCUGCACCAGAAAUGUUACAGUUGUCUAAACACAAAGUAGUAUCUAAGAGACAAAUAUACAGUGAAGUAAGUGUAACUGAAAGACUGAAUAGUACUGUGUCAGAAGAGGCUCUGCCUCAAGUUCAUAAAGAAAUGGAUGAGAUAAAGUCUUCAAUAUGUUCAACUGUAGUGGACGACUCGGAAAGAAGACACAGUAUUGACAUGAUCAAUAGGGAACAUCGUGUUCAACCUAGAAACAUUACUGAAGCUUUUAACAAGUGCAUAAUGAAACCAUUUGCAGGUGUCAUUGCACUAAAUGUAUUAGAGCCUGAAAAAUGUUGCAUUAUUGAGAAUGUUUUAUUGCAUGAAGGAAACAAAGGUAAGAUUAUUGCUACAUCAGAAGCAGUACAUGAGAACUGCAACAUACAAAGUAUAGAAAAUACUUUUCUUGCAACAUUAGGCUCCAGUUGCUUAGUACAAACACUGUGUAACAAGAAAAAGGAGCUGAAAUCAGAGAAACCAUAUGUAAAACAAUACAAAUCAGGAAAACUUCCUGUAAAACAAGAAAACCCAGAUGGAUUCGAUAGAACAAUGAUCAGGCUUACAAACAUGGUGUCUGAUUCAGAACUCCUUACAUCAUUUCAUACCAUAAGACUACAAAACUUCAAGGAAAGACAGCUUAUGAUUCAAAGUAGAAAGAAAGACAGUGAAAGACAUCGACAGAAUGCAAAUAAUAAGGAAAGGAUGCAGCCUGAGUGUACACUGAACACUGCAGAUCGAGACCCAAGGGAUGGGAAUGUAGAGAGUAUAUUAGGAAUGAACAAUGAACAGUUGGAAGCAGAGAAUACUAUCACUAAAAAUAUUGUGAGUAGAGUGAGAGCAAGAAUUGACAAAAAGAGAAUGGAAGCCUUUGAGAAAGAAAAGAAAAAGUUACUGGGAAACAGAGGUACAAAAUCUAUAGACAACAAAACCAGUGAACCCAUGGAUGGCCAUAAAUUGAUUAAAUUGGAUGAAGCAGCUCAUGAAUCACAUGUUAUAGAACAAUGGAAAGAUACCACAAAUUCAGAUGAAAAGCAAGCAGAUUUUUUAGCAGGCAACAAGAGUAAGAUACAAGUUGUUAAUGAAAAUGAAACUAUUUGCAGAGAAUAUGAAAACAAAACUUUUAAGACCAGAGGGAAGUGGAAGAAAGAAUCUAGUUUGGAAUUAGGUAAGGCAUCACUGGAGUUACCAGGCUUCCUCAUGGAUUCAACAUCAUCAGCUGAUAUUGUUAUAAAAUAUGGAGACAGGAAGCAGUGGGAUAGUCCAGAUACUCUGAACAAAGUAAAUAUUAUGAAUAUGACUUAUAGCAUUGAAAGACCUUACUCUAUACCAAACAUUUAUCAUGUUGACACAGUAACAACGGAAUCAGAGAGUCAUGUACAUACUAUUAGUGAAAAUGUUGACUGCCCUGUUGGAACUUUAGAUGUAAUUCUUGAAGGUAAGCAGUGCAGAGACAAUAUAAAUUGUAAAUUCACCCAAACUGAUCUUUCAUGUGUUAUAGCUGCAGCACAUGCUACUGUCAUCCAGGAGUCAAUGAACUCCAAUUUGAAAUGUAAAAGUUCAGAACAAACAUUUGUACCAAAAAUAGAUAAACAGAUGGAUCAAAAGUUGAAAGGCGAAUAUAAAAAUCAGCUGAGUCAGACACAAAUUUUGCUUGAUGCAGUUCAAGAUGCCCCUGUAGUCCUGCAUGCUACACAGUAUGGUGAUGAGUUUUUACCCCCACCUCAUAGAAAGCGAAGGACAAAAACAGCAACACAGUAUCAUUCUUACAGAAAAUGCGUGAAACAAAGGGCAAUUAAAAGACGAUCAAGUUGUGAAGAUCGCAAGAGAAGACAUUCUCCUUUACCUUCUCCAAGACUCUGUAUGGUGUCCGUUGACAAACCUACCACAGUCAAUAGUACAUCUGGGGACAGUGAUAUGACACAAACAUGUGUAAACAAUAAUAAUCAGUCACUAUUACAACAUAUUUCAGAUGAAGUAUCUGCUAAUGGAUUACCAAUAAUACGAGUAGCCAGAACAGCUGAUGUGAUUCAUGAGAAUGGACUGAAGGACUAUCAGACAGAAUAUAAAGUCAGCAGUACUGCCAUUGAAACCAACAAACUUGACAACAUGUACCAGCAUAACAGCUCAGAUUGUGACAAACAUAAAAAGUGCCUAGGUAUAAAAAUUGACAGUAUUCUCAAAUGUGAUAAUGGAAGCAUAAAAGCCUGUGAUGAGUCUCCAGGUUUAAGAGAGGAAAACAAAGAAAAUACUCAAAACUCUUUGAUUGUGUCCUUGCCAUGUACAUCAGUAUACAGUGUUAGAACCCAAGUUAAGAACAGUGCUGUAACUGAGAGAGUGUUUAAUUUCACUACAGAUUUAUAUGAAAAAGAAGGUAGCAAACUAAAAGAGAUUCCAGAUACAUGUAACAGAUAUUACAAUUCUGAAUUAGGUUCAAAUAAGAUACAAAGUCAGAAAGCAAUACCGAUACUACAAAAGACAAAUAUUACAAUUGUGAAAUGUCCUAUAAUAAAAUAUGGUGUUACCAAACCAAAAGCAGUCAAGUUCCAAAGUCAUUGUGAUUCCAUGGAGGUUUCCUCAUUAAACAAAAAGUCAAUUGAGCAGAGGAUACGUCCCAAGUCAGCUAUAGCUUCAAGCGUCUCACGGACGAACACAAACCAAGAAAUCUCAACGAGACCUUCAUCAGGAGGCCCAUAUUCAUAUCCGGUACAUAAAAGUGUAACAUUUAAUAGACUACUUCCUAGUAUUUUGCAUGAUAACAGAAACAAAACAAGCACAAAUGUGGAUGUUAAAGAUCACCACAGUGUUUUGGAAAGUGCAAAACUAGAAGCCACAAAAUUCAACUACAUUCUAAAGGAGGUGGAUAGUGACAAUAGAGAAGCAGAGUCUCUCCUUUACCCACAUAUUAAUUUGGCACAUUCCUAUGAGGAGAAGAAUAUGUCAAACAGUGAUACAGCUCAAAGUACAGAGCAUGACCUUCAGAAAGUUAAUUUAAAUUGUAGUAGUAUUAAGGCAGAUGGUUUAUGCCCAGACAUGUGUCAUUUAUCAUCCACAUCUAUUCACAUUUUAAGCAAAUUGAAAAGGCCAUCAUAUUAUAUUCAUAAAUUAUGUAUGCAUGAAGCUAGAACUGCAGAAGAAACUAAGAAUGAUAAUAUACCAGAAGAUUCUCUACCAUGUGCACUACCACCAUUCACAAUUGAUGUACCUGAGCAAGUCAACUCCAAAAUUCAAAGUACUGCUUCCCCACUGGAUUUCAGACCAGUGGCUGCAAAAUUACAGGAGCUGGAUGUUCAGUUUUCUUCACCAGAUAAUGAACCUACUAAUUUGGCAUCUUUGCCAACAAAUCGAUCAUGCAAAUUCCAUUACUCACUCAGAAGAACAGUAUCACUUCCAGAACUCACACAGAUCUUUACGCCCAGUCUUCAUCUUCAAGUGCCAUUACAGCUUGUGCAAAGUAUGAGUGAUGUGAAAAUAAAAACAUUUGAGGACAGAGAUGUGGUGACAGUAUGCCACUCUGACAGAACAAUCAACAUAAAAGAUCAAACUGGACAGGCCAUAAGAUAUGAAGAUGGAACCUUGUUUUCACAUAUUGAAGAACGGAGAAUGGACUUGGAACGAGAAUUGGGUGUUGAAAAUUUCCUACAUGCUUAUCGGAAAUUACAACUAAUUCAGGACACUGGUGCAAGCAGAGAAGACUGGCAAAUGAUGAGCACAAUGCUGGGAGAGAGCAAAGCUCAUCUGGCCACUCAAAUCUGGCAGUUUGUAUUAGCUGACAGAAUUUACAAUGAAGAUAGUUCCUAAUUCAUUGUAAGUAUUGACAAUUAAAUAGCUGGACUGAUUCUGCAAAGCACAUCUUUCCAAAGUGUUAUAAUAGUUUUACUGAACAACACUAAUAAAUUCUGUAUCAGAGUUAUGCAAGGAAAAAUUCGGAAUGUGGUAUCUGUAAACUGAAUUUGUUUUCACUCAUUAAUUACUUGGACUUGACUUCUUAUAAGAAUAUCCGAUUUUUGUGUUGUAGAGUUGCUCAAUAUUCCAUCAUAAACAUAUUAGUGUUUUUUUAUAUGAAUAUAACAGGAUAUAUUUUCUCAACAUAUGUACAUGAACAGUCGAAAAGUGCAUCACAUCAAAGUUUCUUGA